GGGGCUCCCAAGGUUCCCGACGAUGCUUUGUUGUUUGACCAUGUUCGGAGGCAGUCAGUGCAGAAUGUCCCAACCCGGCUGUAGCUAACAUCGUGGACCUACCUAUUUAGAUAGGUAAUGAUCAUGUAGUCUUGCUACGAAUUACUCAUUUUGGUCUGUUUGUUUCCAGUUUGUCUCCGACAAGAAGGGCCGUCUUUAAAUAUAUAAAGGUACAUACACGGUACACCACUGGAGGCCUCAUCAUACAUUAUAUUCCAAUUUUUCAAUCACCAUCUCAAAUCAACCAUGACCAUAUUCGACGUCCUUAUUAUCGGCGGAGGCCCGGCCGGGCUGUCGGUUGCUACCGGCCUCGCGCGUCAGCUGUAUCGAGCUAUCGUAUUUGAUUCUGGGGUCUACCGAAACUCCCUCGCGAGCCACAUGCACAACGUCGCCUCGUGGGAUCAUACGCCGCCCGAAAAUUUUCGCCAGGCCGCUAGAGAGCGUAUCCUAUCGCGGUACGACACAAUCCAAUUUGAGAAUGUCGAGAUUAAGAAGGUCGAGCGGAAUACCGAAGGGAUAUUUCAUGCCAUUGACUCGCGAAAGCGGGUUUGGACGGGGAAGAAGUUGGUCUUCGCCAAUGGAGUUAGCGAUAUUUUCCCAGAUAUUACGGGAUAUGGAGAGUGCUGGGCACGGGGAAUUUUUCACUGUCUCUUCUACCACGGGUUUGAAGAACGAGGCUGCGAAUCCGCCGGAGUUCUCGCCAUUGCAGAUAUGGCCAACACCAUGUCGGCGAUGCACGUUGCAUCCAUGGCCCGGCGGUUCGCCACGACCGUCACCAUCUAUACACACGGCGCGCAAGAGCUCACCAAGGCGAUCGAAAAAGCCAGCCAUGGUACGGGUUUCAAGGUAGACAGUAGGCCUAUCAUGCGGCUGGUCGAGGGCCCGGGCCCAUCGGAUGUGGAAGUAGGAUUUGGGGAUGGCACCCAGAGAAUAGAUGGAUUCCUAGUCCACAGACCUAAGACGGAAAUCAAUGUCCCGUUCGCCGAGCAACUAGGACUGCACCUUACGUCUGAUGGCGACAUCAAGACCACAGAGCCGUUCUACGGCACCUCUGUCCCGGGAGUAUUUGCGGCGGGUGACUGUGCCAUGCCCCUCAAGGCGGUAGUAACGGCCAUGUCGUCGGGGACAUUAGUGGCGGGAGGGUUGGCCGGGCAGUUACAAGCGGAGCUGUACCUGGGAGCGCAUAACUAACAUAGGC